CUGACAGAUAAACCGGGGAAGCACCAACUACCGAUAACCGUGAUAAGCCUCUACUGGCUCGGUGAAACUGGGCAGGCCCCGGAAGAUAGGUAGACAAACUGACACAGUAAUCAAGCAGUAGGUCUACGAAUCGAAUUGUCCAACAUGGCCGUACCCAGUGAUCCUUACCCAGCCCCAGAAUGGAAACCAUCAUCCGCACUGACUAGUUGAAUGGUUCUUUGGCAAACUACAGCCAUCCUGGAAUGAACCAAUGAAAGCUUCUCUAAUGACAUGACAACACCACUAUAUACAGGCCAAUGCCAGGCCCAUCGACUCAUCCCCAGACUCGACACCCGCGGUCUCUAGCACGUCUCCAGUGCUCUCUUCAAACACCAUGGCAACUCCACAGACAAAGGACGACACCAAGAUCCCCGAGACGACUAGCUAUCCCGAAGCGACUGACCAUGCCGCCGGCACCAGCUACGUGUACGAUGAGGGCGCUGUCGAGAACGUCGACGAGGCCUACCUCCGGGCCUCCAAGUCGACGAGGUUCUACAGAGGCGUAUUGUUCCAGAUGAUCCUUUUUGGAGCGCUGUCCUUCGUCGGUCCUGCCAUGUCGGACGCCAUCUCCAACCUCGGGGGUGGUGGCCUCUCGACACCAUACUUGGCCAAUUUGGCGACUGCCCUCAGCUACAUGGCCGGCUGUCUGAUCACCGUAUUUGGUGGACCUCUGAUCAACAAGAUCGGAAUCAAGUGGUCUUGUAUGAUCGCUGCCGUCACCAUGCCUCUUGCUGGUUCGGCCUACUAUGUGAGCGCAAAAUACUCGAUAGACUGGUAUCUUCUCUUUGCAAGACUUCUUGGGGGUUUCACAUCUGGUUUCCUCUACGUCGCCGAGACGGCCGCCAUGCUGUCGUAUCCGGAAGCAAACGACAGAGGUUUCUACCUGGGUAUCUGGUCUGCCAUGAGAAACUCUGGUAGUGUCAUGGGAGGCGCCAUCAACUUUUCGACCAACUACUCCAAGGCCAACGCUGGUGGUAUCGCGUGGUCCACCUACUUGAUCUUCGUCGGCUUCGAAUGCACUGGAACGAUCUGGGCUCUCCUCCUAUCCCCCACCAGACGCGUACGACGCCGUAACGGCGCAAAGAUCCCCAUGGCCAGCAGCAUCAGCUGGAAGAGAGAACUCAUUGCGCUGUGGAGACACUUGCAGCGCCCAAAGACAUGGCUCAUGUCCAUCCCGGCCUUCUACUCCUUCUUCUUUGGCGGAACCAUGGGCACCUAUCUCUCCCUGCACUUCUCCGUCCGGGCCCGCGCCCUAUCGUCGCUGAUCACUCCGGCAAUCACCAUUGUCAUGGUCCUCGGCUACGGAAAACUCUUGGACACGUCUCGCUGGUCACAAGCCCGGCGAGCGUGGAUAUCUUUUUUCUUCUGGGUCAUCCCCCAGGCCAUGUGCUUCAUCUGGAUCGGCAUCGAGUACAGCAAGUUCGGCGGAGGCAAAAUCGACGAGGCCCUCGACUACGAGUUGCACACCAGAAGAUGGGCCGAGGCCUACCUUCCCUAUCUGAUCAUGUUUUCAACCGGUUACUGGACCCAGUUGUCCCUCUACUGGAUUCUCGGCACCUUCUCCACGGACGUCGGAUCUUCCUCCCGCUCGGGUGGUCUGUUCCGCGCUUUUGAGACGGCCGGCCAGGCCGUCUCGUAUGCUCUCAACUCCAAGACCAGCGCCGACCCUAGAAUUCCUUUCUAUGUUAAUGCUGCACUGAUGGCUAUUACUAUUCCUUGCAUGGUGUUCCUCAUCAGGCUGGUUCCGGAUGCGCCUGCUUCAACGGACAUAGAUGCGGGAGAUGUUGUUGAAGAUCAGGCAGAACGGGAUCCUGAUAACAAAUAG